GAUACCUCCAUCUGCCUUUUACAUAUAUUUUCUGUAGGCGCAACGUUAUCUAUCAUACGCUUCUACCCUAUAAGUAAGAUAUAAUUUACUCAAUGGUUGCACUCGUUUAGAAGAUUACGACUAUCGCAAACCCAUAAAAGUUCGUAUCUUCAAAUGCAUUCGUAUCUUAUCGAAAUCUUUGAUUUCGUGGAAAUUUCUCUGCAUGUUCAGACAUUAGUCUUCCAUCAACUUUACAGUAGAGAAGAACACGCAAGUUAAUUCUCAAUUUAUAAAUCAGAUAAUCAAAAUGGAAGAUAAGAAACUUAAUAUACAAUUGGAAGAAAAUGAUAUUUCUCAGAAAAGCCUCGAGGACAAUUUGAUCGAUAAUAGUUCAAAUUUGUGUGACUCAUCAUGCUUUAAGGCUGUGAAACAAUUGCUGGAGGACUCCGAUAAGAAAGCAGAAUUCGAGAAAUUUUUUUAUAUGGUGCACAUGAGAGAUAAUCAAUUAAUGGACAUAAUCUUAGAUCUUGAAGUAAAACUAUCAAUUUAUAAGCAGCAAAUUCUGGAGAAGAAUAAAUUAAUAGACAAUUUGAAAAGGAAAAUUUAUUUAUCAGAUGAAGCAAAAAUUAAUAACAAUGAAAGAACGAUUACAGAAACCAACAAUAUAAAUGCUGAAACAAUUAAGGCUAAGGAUCAACUAAUAGAAACACUUAAAGAAUCACUUGAGUUAUCUAAAGAUAAUCGAAAGCUAUGGGAUAUUAAUCAAUUAGCAAGGACAACAAGAAUAGAUCUUCUUUUGGCUCAACAGGCAACUGCUAAUGAGAAUAUGAUUGAAAAAGAUAAUGAGAUUGUACGGCUAAAAUCAAAAACUGAUACAAAUGAAGUAGAAAUUAAAGAAAAUAUUAAAAUUAUUGACGAAAUGAAAAAUGAAAUAAAAGCAUUAGAAGAUACUGUUCUUAGACAAAAUAGUACCCGUAAAGAAGUACUAAAUAAAAUAUGUCAAUUGCCCAAUCGUACUACUCUUAAAUUGAUUUGUGUGGAAAUGAAUUUUCGUAGUCUAAUUGAAAAAUUGGAUUUUCGUGAUUACAGCGCUCUUGAAAUGAAGUCACUUAAAUUUAAUCUUUCGCGUACUUUGGAUUCCCACAAAGCCAUCAGAAAUACAAUUAGAGAAGCGUUAUUUGCUGUAAACCGACUAUUUGCAAAGCCUGAAGAAAAUAAAAAUAAAAAUUCCUUAGUAGUUCGCCCAUAA